GACGUGACGUAGAAACUGACGCAGCGUGCUCGACCAAUGGGAGAGCAGAGCGCGGUGACGUCACUUCCUGGUUGGUAGUUUUGCGGGAAGUUUGUGAAACUGACAGAAAACCGGACAACCGACGAGUCACGAUGCCUCCGAAGGCCAAGGCGGCGGGGAAAGGCAGAGCUCCAGCCAAGAGGAAGCUGGCGGAGGAGUUUCCCCCCGGAGAGGUGCUCACAGACACGGGGAAGAAGUCCUGGAAGCUGGGGGAACCUGUUGGACAGGGGGGCUUUGGUCUCAUAUAUCUGGCUGAAGAGAACUCUGCCAAACCCGUGGGUCAGGACGCCAGAUACGUGGUCAAAGUGGAGCCCAGCGACAAUGGCCCUCUGUUCUCUGAGCUCAAGUUCUACAUGAGAGCUGCUAAGCCUGACCUGAUUCAGAGCUGGAUGAAGAGUCACAAGCUGAAGAGUCUGGGGGUCCCGAAAUACUGGGGCUCAGGUCUACAUGAGAGAGGAGGGAAAAGGUACAGAUUCAUGGUCAUCGACAGACUCAACACAGACCUGCAAAAGAAGUUUGAAGAAAGCGGACGAAGGUUUCCCAGAAAGCUGGUGCUGCAGCUCGGCAUUCGACUGCUGGACACCCUGGAGUACAUCCACGAGCACGAGUACGUCCACGCCGACAUUAAGGCUUCAAACCUCAUGCUGAGCCACAGCGAUCCCCACCAGGUUUAUUUAGUGGACUACGGGCUGGCCUACAGGUACGCUCCUGAGGGAGUCCCGAAGGAGUACAAGGAGGACCCUAAGAGAUGUCACGACGGCACCAUAGAGUUCACGAGCAUCGACGCACACAAAGGAGCAUCUCCGUGCAGGCGCAGUGACCUGGAGAUCCUGAGUUACUGCAUGGUUCAGUGGCUCUGUGGACGUCUGCCCUGGGAGGACAAACUGCAGGACCCGCUCUACGUCAGAGACUCCAAGAUCAGGAGCCGAGACAAAAUAUCUGAAUUCAUGACCAAGUGUUUCUCCUCCCAGGACAAGCCAGAGGAGAUCCAGAGGUUCAUGGAGGAGGUGAAGUCUCUGGAGUAUCAGGACAAACCUGAGUACGAGAAGCUCCGCUCCAUCCUGCAGGCCGGACUCAAAUCCAUCUCCGCCAAGGACGACGGGAAGCUGGAGUUCACCGCUGUCAAUGGAACUGUCCCGAAACCUGCACAGAAAACCAACAAGAGAAAGAAAGAAGCAGAGGUAGACGAGAGUGAGACAGACGGAAGUCCAGUCAAGAAAAAAAGAGCAACAAAGAAGAAAGAGGAGAAAAAAAGUCCCAGAAAGACUCCCGGACCGAAGAAGGUCCCCCGCGCCAAAAAAAAGGCAGAACCCAAAUCCAGCCUGGUUGAGACUGGGACCCAGACGACACCCAGUCUCGCCAAGAGAGGGAGACCCAAGAAGAGCAGCACAUGAUGAUGCUCUUGCACUCCUCCGCGUGUCCUCUGCUUCUUCAGAGGAAACUUUUCUAUGUACUCCUGCAGCACACUGACAGAUGUUCAUGUUUUAUGUAUUUGGUGUUGAAGAAGGAUUUGUUGUAAUAAAGAGGAAGUUAAAUUGUU